AUGAAAGGAUUUUGCUUGAUCAUUCUGGGUGUUCUAGCAAUUCUUGGAUCAGUUGAAGGUGAUUUGGAGAUGGGAUUUUAUGGGAGUUCAUGCCCUAAAGCUGAAAAGAUUGUUCAAGACUACGUGAAUCAACAUGUCCCCAAUGCUCCAUCGCUUGCAGCUGCUCUUAUCAGAAUGCAUUUCCAUGAUUGUUUUGUCAGGGGUUGUGAUGGAUCAGUGCUUUUGAAUUUUACUUCAGCCUCAGGGAAUCAAACAGAGAAAGUGGCAGUUCCAAACCAAACAGUUAGAGGGUUCGAUUUCAUUGAUAGAUUGAAGAGUUUACUUGAAGCAGAAUGCCCUGGCAUUGUUUCUUGUGCUGAUAUUGUUGCUCUUGCUGCUAGAGACUCAAUUGUUCUUACUGGUGGUCCUACAUGGAGAGUGCCUACGGGUCGAAGAGAUGGACUGAUGUCAAACGCAUCCGAGGCAUUAGCCCAAAUCCCGGCUCCAUUCGAUAACAUUACAAUCCUCACACAAAAGUUUGCAAAUAAAAGUCUUGAUUUGAAGGAUCUUGUCUUGCUUUCUGGUGCUCAUACUAUUGGAAUCUCACAUUGUCCAUCAUUUACAAACCGUCUAUACAAUUUCACGGGUGUGGGCGAUCGUGACCCGACACUGGAUAGCGAAUAUGCGGACAAUCUCAGAUCAAGAAAAUGUAGAAUACAAAAUGACACAACAACAAUAGUUGAGAUGGAUCCCGGAAGUCGUAAGACUUUUGAUCUUAGCUACUACACGUUAUUACUAAAGCGUAGGGGCUUGUUCGAGUCUGAUUCAGCUUUGACUAGGAACUCCAACACCUUGACUUUCAUCAACCAACUCCUUCAAGGAUCAAUUGCUAAUUUCUACACUGAAUUCGGAUUAUCCAUGGAGAAAAUGGGUCAAAUCGGGGUCAAAACUGGAACCACGGGUGAAAUUCGAAGGAACUGUGCAGUUGUAAACAGUUAAAGAGUGUGAAUUUUGGUAUAGGAUCUCCGUUUAUAUGUUUUGGUUAUUUCGUAUUUAAAUUUUGUGGGGUUGUUUUAUUUGAUAGACAACAAAUAAAAACGUGAUUGUGAGUUGUGAGUUUUAUUACUGAUACUUGUAAAAUAAACGAAUAAAA